AUGAGUCAUGAGGUUCAUCAUGAGGAGAAGGAAAAUGCAAGCAGCAGUAAUUCACAGCUUGAAUUAUUCAACCUCAUUGGAGGAAGUUGGCCACCAGCUCCAAGAGAACCUGAGCAUUUAAAGUAUGGGUCAGUGCCUCGUACUGUGAGACGAACUAUGCAGCACUCGGGCCACAAUGAAAGGAUCAAAUCUGUAAACCUAAUUAAUCAUCUGGCACCCGAAAAGAGAAAAAUAAGACAAAAUACGUCAAACAGACCUGGGAUCAGCGAGGAGUCUGUUCAGAGUAACAAAAUGGUGAAUGAAACGAAAAAGGUUGAGACAGGAGUCUUAAUUGGUGAUUCAGUCAUGUCACACGCGUACUAUCUACAGGAGCUUUCUAUUGAUGAGAUACCUUUAUGUGUUUUACAAUAUGAGAACAAUGUUUGCGGUGGGGAUGUUAAUGAAGAGUUUUAUGACUCUCCGUCGUUGGGAUCCCCGCGUGCUGUUAAUUUGGAGCCGUCGAUUCAGUCCCCGCCUGUGUUGGAUGACAUCGGAGUGGGUUCUCUAGUCGAAGUAGCGACUGACGUUGAUCAGAACUACUACGGAGUUGUGAGAUGGAUCGGACUCAUUGAUGACAUAGCGACAGCGGGCGUGGAGUUGGAGCAGAGCGUGUGUGGUCUCGGUGACGGCGUGCACCGCGGGUCUCGUGUUUUCACUUGCGCGUCUGGUCGGGCGUUGUUCGUGCCGCUACCUCUUUGUAGGAGAGACGCGCGGUUCACUGACACGCCGCCACCGGAGACACACCUCACUGAGAUCGGAGAACAGCCGGAAUGUCCAGUGGUAACCGGCGUGGUUCCCCCCUUAACUUCGCUAGGAGACUUGGCGGGGAAGAACCGCGGUAUCCAGGGACAUCAUAACUCAUGUUACUUGGACGCCACAUUAUUCGCGAUGUUUACUUUCACAAGCGUCUUUGAUGCCUUGCUCUAUAGGCCUCCAGAACCUGAGGAUUCCCCUCACUAUUCGGAGGUCCAGCGUGUUCUCCGCGAGGAGGUAGUGAACCCUCUGCGUCGUCACGGGUACGUGAGGGCCGACCGUGUUAUGAAGCUGAGGACCUUACUCGAGAGACUGUCCGACGUGCCCGGACUUACUUGCGAGGAGAAGGAUCCUGAAGAAUUCCUCAACGGGCUAGUGGCGCAGUUACUAAGGGCGGAACCGUUUCUGAAGCUAUCCUCUGGUCAAGAGGCGUUCUGCUACCAAUUGUUCGUGGAGAAAGAUGAACACAUCACACUACCUAGUGUACAACAACUGUUAGAACAAUCAUUUGCCACAUCUGGAGUGAAAUUAAGCGAGGUUCCCGCGGCUUUUAUAAUUCAAAUGCCCAGAUUUGGCAAACAGUACAAGCUGUAUCAAAGAGUGCAGCCAUCUCCUUUACUGGAUGUUACUGAUCUCAUUGAAGGAUUGCCUCGCCAGUGCACUGUAUGUGGAGGUCUUGCUCGCUGGGAAUGUUCUGCGUGUGCAGCGGGCGCUUUAGACGCAGGGGCCUUGUGCAACUCCUGUCUGAGAUUGGCACACGCUACCCGACCCACACAUAAGGCCGUUCCAUUAACUAUCAGUGAAGAGUAUGCGAAUAUUCUCGAGUCGUGUCCAGUGCCGAGGGUGUACAUGGAGUUGUUUGCUGUGUUAUGUAUAGAGACCAGUCACUACGUCGCCUUCGUCAAGACCGGGGUCGCUCAUGACGCGCCCUGGUGUUUCUUCGACUCUAUGGCCGACAGGAAAGGGGAACGCAACGGUUACAACAUCCCAGAGAUCGUGUGUGUGAGUGAGUUGGGGUCGUGGCUGAGCGAGGAGGGCCGAGCCCUAGCUCGGGCUGCGCCCCUCGACCGUCACCUGCCCGCGCCGGCCAAGCGACUGCUGUCAGACGCUUACAUGUGCUUCUACCGCAGCCCCGAUGUAGCUAUGUACAGAUAA